AGAGAGAGAGAGAGGCGCGCAGAGAAGGAGCAGGUCUGCAGUCUGAAUCUUGGCGUCGCACAGACCCGAGACGACGCUGUGGCCAAGCGCUGCGAUACUGGGAAUACAUGCAUACUGCAUAUUUCUCUCUACACAAUAAGAUCAGUCACUACACUCCAACCUUGGACGAGAACUUCUAAAAAGAGGCAAUUUUUUUUUGGUCUUGGAUCCGGAUAAGCCACUGUGGCUCUCCCAUCAUCCGUUCAUUUGAAUCUCGGUCUAACGACGAGUUACAACGUGGAUUAUCGGCACCACAGAUGCUGUUAUUAACUGGAGAUACAUUAAAGAGAAGGGCAGACAAGUGCUGCGGGACAAACUGAAGGAGGGAUCUCCUGGUUUUUUUCAACGUGUGUCAGGUGAAAUCCAUGACAUAUGUGGAGCGAACGAGGGAUUUUCGUGAUUUUUUACGCGUGCGAUAGAUCAGUGACCACUUGAAUCACGUCUCCCCUUUGGGUUUGCCUUCCCUCCUUUUCCCCCCUUUAGGUGUGAAAUCUAUCUUCUCAGACAGAGACUCUGAACCCCUCGGUCCCUGCAUGACAUGGUUCAGUCCAGCUGCGAGAUCCGAGCCUCCUCCAUGCAUUGGGAUUUUUCUCAGCGCCGACACCGAGUGAAUCUCCCUUUUCUGACCAUCUGAGAACUAUCGUGCCUGCCAGACCACAGAAAAAGCCCUGCCAUGACCGCCGCUUCAAAUCGGGACGGAGCAACGGGACUUGCGAGGAGACCGGAAUGCGCAUGCAGGAAAGGGGACGGAAUACGGAUUUUUGCUCUAAUGAAGGCGGGAGUGCGGGCGCACCGUUGGAGCCGGGUGCUCUUCUUAUAUAUGGGGCUACUGGCCGCCUCAGUAAAGGCUCAGAACUGCAGUUACACACUACACAGUCCCAAUGGGACGAUAGAGAGCCCCGGCUACCCUUACGGUUAUCCUAACUAUGCCAACUGUACAUGGGUGAUUGUGGCGGCGGAGCACAACCGGAUACAGCUGGUGUUUCAAGGCUUCGCCCUAGAGGAGGACUUUGACAUCUUGUCUGUAUAUGAUGGGCCACCCAGCCCUGGGAACCUGCGCACACGGUUAACGGGGUUCCAGCUGCCUUCACCCAUUGUGAGUACAGGCUCCAGGCUUACACUGUGGCUACUGUCUGACUACGCAGUCAGUGGGCAGGGAUUUAAAGCUGUCUAUGAAGCUCUACCCAGCUACACUUGUGGCAAUCCUGGACAGCUACUCAAUGGCCACCAGCAGGGGUCCACGUUCAACAUCGGGGACAAAAUCCGCUACAGCUGCAGCCCAGGCUACGUGCUGGAGGGUCACACCACCCUAUCCUGCCUUGCCACUUCAGCGGGUACUGCUGCCUGGGAUUUCCCCCUGCCCUACUGCAGAGCUGACGAUGGGUGUGGCGGCACACUGAGAGGCCAGAGUGGGGUGAUCACCACUCCCAAUUACCCUACUGAGUACAACAACAAUGCUGACUGCACCUGGACUGUGCUGGCCGAGCCAGGAGACACCAUUGCCCUUGUUUUCUCUGACUUUCAGCUGGAGGACGACUAUGACCUUCUGGAGGUCAGCGGCACUGAGGGUUCUUCACAGUGGUUCACUGGCCCCAACCUUCCCUCACCCAUCAUUAGCAGCAAGAACUGGCUUCGACUGCACUUUACCUCUGAUGGCAACCACAAGUUGAGAGGUUUCAGCGCCCAGUACCAAGUGAAGAAGAUGACUGAGCUAAAGUCCCGAGGUGUGAAGAUGUUGCCUAGCAAAGACAACCACCAUAAGAUAUCAGUGUUGUCUCAGAUGGGUGUCGCCCAAGGACACAACAUGUGUCCAGACCCAGGGAUCCCAGAUCGAGGGAAAAGAAAAGGCUCAGACUUCAGACGAGGAGCCACAGUACAUUUCUCCUGUGAUGAGGGUUAUGAACUGCAGGGCUCAAAGAGCAUCAGUUGCCUCAGAGUGACGGACAGCUACGUAGGCUGGAGUGACGAUCGGCCCAUAUGCAGAGCACCGAUGUGUGGAGGGCAGUUGCGAGGACCCAGUGGUGUCAUCACAUCUCCGAACUACCCAGUCCAGUAUGACAACAAUGCCAACUGCACUUGGGUCAUCACAGCCACAGACACAUCAAAGGUGAUCAAGCUGACAUUUGAGGAUUUUGACCUGGAGCGAGGCUAUGACACCCUGACCGUGGGAGACGGCGAGGUGGUGGGAGACCAGAAGACCAUCUUCCAUGUCCUGUCUGGUACCACAACUCCAGACCUCGUGGUCAGCACCAGUCACCAGAUGUGGCUCAAUUUCAAAACAGACGACACCAGUGGCUCCCUUGGCUUCAAGGUGUCCUAUGAAGAAAUUGACCAAGGCAGUUGUGGAGAUCCAGGAGUCCCAGCUUAUGGCAAGCGGGAGGGGACAGGUUUCCGUCAUGGAGACAGGCUGUACUUUGAGUGUCUCCCUGCCUUUGAGCUGGUCGGGAAGAAGAACAUCACCUGUCAGAAGAACAACCAGUGGUCGGCUAAGAAACCCAGCUGUGUUUUUUCCUGUUUCUUCAACUUUACCACUCCAUCUGGGGUGCUGCUGUCUCCCAACUACCCCCAGGAGUAUGGAAACAAUAUGCACUGCGUGUGGCUGAUCAUAACCAACCCUGAGAGCCGAAUCAAUCUGGCCUUCAAUGAUCUCAGCAUGGAGAAACAGUUUGACUUCCUCUCGAUCAAAGACGGGGGAAAGGCUGAGUCCCCCAUCCUGGGUACCUUCUCUGGUGAUGUCCUGCCUCCUCCCAUAACCACUAGUGCCCAUGUAGCACGUCUAGAGUUCCUGACUGACCACACCUACACAGACAGAGGCUUUAACAUCACCUUUACAACAUUUCGCCACAACGAGUGCCCAGACCCAGGUGUUCCUGUUAAUGGGAAGCGAUUUGGUGAGAGCCUUCAGCUGGGCAGCUCCAUCUCAUUCCUGUGUGAAGAGGGCUUCGUUAAGACCCAUGGCUCUCAGACCAUCUCCUGCAUUCUCAAGGAUGGCAACGUGGUGUGGGACAAUGCUGUUCCCCGUUGUGAAGCCCCAUGUGGAGGAGAUCUGAGGGCUCCCAGUGGGAUCAUCCUCUCCCCUGGCUGGCCAGAACUCUAUAAGGAGGCCCUUAACUGUGAAUGGAUCAUUGAGGCUCCUCCAGGCUACCCCAUCAAGAUCAUCUUCGACAAGUUCCGCACGGAGGUCAACUAUGACGUCCUUGAGGUGCGGGAUGGACGAUUCCCGUCUUCACCUCUGAUUGGCAGUUACCAGGGCACCCAGGUUCCCCAGUUCCUCAUCAGCACCUCCAACUUCCUGUACCUCCUCUUCUCCACUGACAAGAGCCACUCUGACAUCGGCUUCCGUAUUCGCUAUGAAACUUUGCAGUUACAGUCGGAUCACUGUGUGGACCCUGGAAUACCUGUCAAUGGACAGCGACAUGGCAAUGACUUCUAUGUGGGCGCUUUGGUGACAUUCAGCUGUGAAGCAGGGUACACACUUAGCGACACAGAGCCUUUAGAAUGUGAACCCAAUUUUCAGUGGAGCCGCCCCCUGCCUAGCUGUGAUGCUUUAUGCGGAGGUUAUAUCCAGGGCAACGUUGGCACCAUCCUGUCACCUGGCUUUCCAGACUUUUACCCGCACAACCUGAACUGCACGUGGAUAAUCGAGACCUCCCAUGGCAAAGGUGUCCAGUUCACCUUCCACACCUUCCACCUGGAGAGCCCUCACGACCAUUUGUUGGUGACAGAGAACGGCAGCUUCUCUCAGCCCCUGUGGAGACUGACGGGCUCCACACUGCCUCCGCCUCUCAGCGCAGGCCUGUUUGGAAAUUACACGGCUCAGAUCCGCUUUCUCUCCGACUUCUCUGUUUCCUACGAGGGAUUCAACAUCACUUUCUCCGAGUAUGAUCUGGAGCCGUGUGAGGAUCCUGGAAUCCCACCCUACAGCACCAGAAAGGGCCUGCAGUAUGGCGUGGGCGACGCCCUCAUCUUCUCCUGUUUCCCAGGUUACCGACUAGAGGGUCCGGCGAGGGUGGUGUGCUUAGGGGGCAGGAGGCGGGUGUGGAGUUCCCCUCUGCCAAGGUGUGUUGCUGAAUGCGGCUCAUCCGUGACUGGCAUGCAAGGGGUGCUGCUCUCACCCAACUACCCCGGUUACUACGGCAACAACCACGAGUGCAUCUACUCUAUCCAAACGCAGCCUGGCAAAGGCAUCCAGCUACGAGCACGAGACUUCAGACUGGAAGAGGAUGACAUGCUCAAAGUCUUUGACGGCAGCAGUAAUAACGCUCGUCUGCUGGGGGUGUUUACAGGCAGCGAGCUGCUAGACACAACCCUGAACUCCACCUCCAGCUCCAUGUGGUUGGAGUUCAUCAGCAAUGCAGAUAACACCAGUAAAGGCUUUGAACUGCACUUCACUAGUUUUGAGCUGGUGAAAUGUGAGGAUCCAGGUGUCCCUCAGUUUGGCUACAAGAGGGAGGACAAAGGGCAUUUUGCAGGAAGCACUGUGUCGUAUAGCUGUGACCCAGGCUACACUCUGAAAGGCCCAGAGGUGCUCACAUGCCUGAGGGGGGAAAGGAGGGCAUGGAACAGCCCCCUCCCACUCUGUGUUGCGGAGUGUGGGGGAACCAUCAAGGAUGAGCCUUCUGGUCGUAUCCUGUCUCCGGGCUAUCCAGCUCCUUAUGAGCACAACCUGCACUGUAUGUGGACCAUUGAGGCUGCCCCUGGAAGCACUAUUAGUCUACAUUUCCUGGUUUUCCACACGGAGGAGGUCCACGACGUGCUUCGGAUCUGGGAUGGGCCCCAGGAUGGAGGGGUCCUGCUGAGGGAGCUGAGUGGUUCAGUGCUGCCCCCGGACGCCCACAGCACCUUCAACACUGUCAGCCUGCAGUUCACCACAGACUUCUUCACCAGCAAGCAAGGCUUUGCUCUGCAGUUCUCUGUCUCCACUGCAACCUCCUGCAAUGACCCGGGCAUGCCUACUAAUGGUACCCGCAGCGGAGACAGCAGGGAACCUGGAGACCAUGUGGCGUUCCAGUGUGAUCCUGGCUACAUCCUGCAGGGGGCCAACAGGAUCACCUGCACUGAGAUUAACGGUCGCUUCUUCUGGCAGCCAGACCCUCCUACAUGCACAGCUCCAUGCGGCGGAAACCUGACAGGUCCCAGUGGGCUGAUUCUGUCUCCAGACUAUCCUGAGCCUUACCCUCAUGGGAGGGAGUGUGACUGGACAGUUACUGUCACACUGGACUAUGUCAUCGCUCUGAGCUUCAACCAGUUCAGCUUGGAGCCCAGUUAUGACUUCUUACAUAUCUACGAUGGGCCGGACUCCCUCAGCCCCUUGCUGGGUAGUUUCUAUGGCACAGACGUUCCAGACCGCAUUGAGAGCAGUUCCAACACACUGUUCUUGGCAUUCCGCAGUGAUGCUUCCCUAAGCAGUAAUGGAUUUGUGCUGCAGUACACAGAGAACCCCAGGGAGUCUUGCUUCGAGCCGGGACUGUUGCGCAACGGGACACGGGUGGGCACCGACCUCAAGCUGGGCUCCACUGUCACCUACCACUGCGACAGUGGCUACACACUAGAGGGAGACCCAACCCUCACUUGCAUCAUGGGGGGAGAUGGCAAGCCGAGCUGGAACAAACCCAAACCCAUCUGCAUUGCUCCAUGUGGUGGACAGUACUCAGGUUUGGAGGGAGUUGUCUUGUCUCCUGGUUACCCUGGAAACUACAGCAGCGCACGAACCUGUCUGUACUCUGUGGUCGUGCCCAAGGAUUACGUUGUCUUCAGCCAAUUCGCCUUCUUCCAGACCGCUCUGAAUGACAUUGUGGAGGUUUAUGAUGGGGCAACGCAGCAUUCCCGUGUUCUUAGCUCCUUGUCUGGAGCUCACACAGGCGAGUCGUUGCCGUUAGCAACCUCCAACCAAGUCCUGAUCCGCUUCACCUCCAAAGGCCAAUCCAGCUCUAGAGGAUUCCACCUGGUCUACCAGGCUGUGCCGCGGACCAGUGCCACCCAGUGCAGCUCAGUCCCCGAGCCCCGAAAUGGCCGCCGGAUGGGCAACAACUUUGCUGUUGGCGCAGUGAUCCGCUUUGAGUGCAGCCCAGGUUACAUGCUGGAGGGAUCAAGUGCCAUUGAAUGUUUAACCGUUCCCAAUGCCUUGGCACAAUGGAACAGCUCCAUACCCAGCUGUAUAGUUCCAUGUGGAGGAAAUCUGACCCAUCGAACAGGCACCAUCUUGUCUCCCGGCUUUCCUGAGCCGUACCUCAACAGCUUGAACUGUGUGUGGAAGAUCACUGUUCCCGAGGGAUCAGGAAUCCAGAUCCAGGUAAUCAGCUUUGUCACAGAGCAGAACUGGGACUCGCUGGAGGUGUUCGACGGAGGAGACAACACUGACACCAUGCUUGGCAGCUUCUCAGGCACCACGGUUCCAGCACUCCUCAACAGCACCUCCAACCAACUCUACCUUCACUUUUUCUCUGACAUUAGUGUGUCUGCAGCUGGAUUCAGGUUGGAAUACAAAACUGUGUCUCUGACCAACUGCCCAGAGCCUGUGGUUCCAAUGAAUGGCAUCAAAGUUGGCGAGCGUCUCCAGAUGAAUAAUGUGGUGUCUUUCCACUGUGAACCUGGAUAUACUCUACAGGGGAACUCGCACAUCACCUGUAUGCCUGGAACCGUUAGACGAUGGAACUACCCACCUCCUCUCUGCAUAGCUCAAUGUGGUGGAAUCCGGGAGGAGAUGGAGGGCAUGAUUCUCAGUCCUGGUUUCCCUGGCAACUACCCUAGCAACAGUGACUGCACCUGGAGAAUCUACCUGCCAGUUGGUUAUGGAGCCCACAUUCAGUUCCUCAACUUCUCCACUGAGGCCAACCAUGAUUUCCUUGAGAUACGCAAUGGGCCCCUUGACACAAGUGCAGUGAUUGGCCGAUUCAGCGGCCAGGAUAUUCCCUCCUCCCUUCUCACCACCUCCCAUGAAACCACAGUAUAUUUCCAUAGUGACCAUUCACAGAACAAACCAGGCUUCAGGUUUGAGUACCAGGCAUAUGAGCUACAGGAGUGCCCUGAUCCUGAGCCUUUCCGCUACGGAGUGGUGGUGGGUGCUGGCUUCAAUGUGGGCCAGUCUAUCUCUUUUGAGUGUCUGCCUGGUUAUCAGCUAAUGGGACAUUCCAUCCUCACCUGUGAGCAUGGCACAACCCGCAGCUGGGAUCACCCUUUCCCUCGCUGCGAAGUGCCUUGUGGUGGGAACAUUACGUCAGACAAUGGGACCAUCUUCUCCCCAGGUUACCCAGAAGAGUACCCCAGUUCAGCUGACUGCUCCUGGCUGAUCACCGUGGCUCCUGGCUUCGGCAUCAAACUCAACUUCACCCUGCUUCAGGUUCAUGGGCCGCAUGACUUUAUCACUGUCUGGGAUGGUCCACAGGAGACGGCCAGGAAACUGGGGGUGUUUACUGAUGGAGAGCCCAAUGAUCCACCCAGCAGCACAUCCAAUCAGGUGCUGAUACGUUUCCGUAGUAACACAGAGAAGGGCGGACUGUUCCGUAUCAGCUAUCAAGCGUACAGACUGCAGCACUGCCUGCCGCCCCCCAUCAUUCCUAAUGCAGAGAUCCUGAUGGCAAGCAAAGAGUUUAAAAUUGGUGAUAUAGUGCGCUACCGGUGUCUUCCAGGCUACCAGUUGAGUGGAAACAGCAUCCUGACCUGCCGGCUUGGGACACACUUGGAGUUUGAGGGGCCUCCGCCCUCAUGUGAUGUGACUUGUCCCAUGAACGAGGUACUGACAGCUUCCACGGGUGUCAUCAUGAGCCAGUCACCAGGCAGCGGCUUCCCGCAUUUUGAGUCUUGCUCUUGGGUGGUCAAAGUAGAACCAGGCUACAACAUCACCUUCACUAUCGAACACUUCCAGACCAGCCGGCAGUUUGAUGAGCUCGAGAUCUUUGAUGGCCCGUCCAGACAGAGCCCCCUCCUCAUCACCCUCAGUGGUAACUAUUCCAGUCCGCUGAGCAUCACUAGCUCCAGUAACAAAGUCUACCUGCACUGGUCCUUCGAUCACACUACCAGCCACAAAGGCUUCCGAAUACGCUAUUCAGCGGCCUACUGCAGCCCUCCAAACAACCCUGUAAAUGGCACAGUGCACAGUCUGACAGGCACCAAGUUGGGCAGCACCCUACGUUUCAGCUGUGACCAGGGCUUCCGUCUUAUUGGCCAGAGCAGCGCCACAUGCACCCGGACUGCACAGGGAAUCUUCCAGUGGAAUGCACCGGUGCCACUUUGCCAAGUCAUGUCCUGUGGAAUGCCAGUUCCUCCGGUCAAUGGCAGUAUUGUUGGCCAGGACUUCUCUUUAGGAGCCAGAGCCACCUACCAGUGUAAUCCCGGAUUUCGGCUUGCUGGGCCUAUCACCACAUCUGUGAUCUGUCAGGAAUUUGGGAGGUGGAGCCCCAUUGAGGCCCAACCUAGAUGUAUUCCUGUGACCUGUCCUGAUAUCGGCCACUCUGCUGUGGAGCAUGGGAGAUGGAGACUAAUCUACGGAACUCAAAACCAAUAUGAUGCUAUUAUGAUGCUCAUAUGUGACCCGGGAUAUUACUACAGGGGUCAAAGGGUCAUUCGCUGUCAAGCCAACAGCACCUGGAACUACCCAGAUCCACGGCCAGUCUGCGAAAUCAUCUCCUGCGGGGACCUUGGGACGCCACCAAAUGGCAACAAGAUUGGAACACUGACUGUGUAUGGAGCCACUGCCAUUUUCUCCUGCAACACUGGCUAUACCCUGGUGGGCUCCCGGGUACGAGAGUGUAUGUCCAAUGGACUGUGGAGUGGAACACAGGUCCAGUGUCUAGCUGGUCAUUGUGGCACCCCAGAGCCCAUAGUGAAUGGUCAGAUCAUUGGGGAGAACUAUAACUAUCGAGGCAGCGUUGUGUACCAGUGUAACCCGGGAUUUCGCCUCAUCGGGGUGUCAGUGCGAAUCUGUGAACAGGACCACCGAUGGUCAGGACGCACACCUGUCUGUGUCCCCAUUACAUGUGGGCAUCCUGGCAACCCUACCUUCGGUAUGACCCAAGGAAACCAGUUCAACUUAAACGAUGUUGUGCGCUUUGUCUGCAACACUGGAUAUGUUCUGCAGGGGGCUGUGAAAUCUGCCUGCCAGGCCAAUGGGCAAUGGAGCAACGCCCUACCCAGGUGUAAAAUUGUGAACUGCACAGAGCCAGGCCACGUAGAGAACAGCAUAAGGCAGGUACUGCCCAGCGGGCCGCAUCGCUACAGCUUCCAAACCACUGUGUCGUACCGCUGUAGCCCGGGCUACUACCUGCUGGGCACCAGCUCCAUCUCCUGUCAGGGGGACGGCACCUGGGACCGCUCCCUGCCUAAGUGCCUGUUGGUGCUGUGUGACCGCCCCAGCAUGCCACCUUACGCCCAGAUCUCAGGCGACCGUCGGACAGUAGGCUCAGUCAUCCGGUACAGCUGCAUCGGCCAGCGUACCAUCAUCGGCAACACGACGCGAAUGUGCCAGCUGGACGGCCAGUGGAGCGGCUCACCACCACACUGCUCUGGGGAUUCUGCCGGGCUGUGUGGAGACCCAGGCAUUCCUGUGCAUGGUAUCCGUCUGGGCGAAGAGUUUACAGUAGGCAGUGUUGUCCGCUUUAGCUGUGAGCCCGGUUAUAUGCUGAGGGGUUCACCGGAGAGAACCUGUCUGGCCAAUGGGAGCUGGCUGGGAACCCAACCUGAGUGUCAUGUUAUCUCCUGUGGGAACCCGGGAACUCCACGCAAUUCCCAGAUCCUGAUCCACGAUGGCCUGACGUUUUCCAGAUCCAUCACUUACGCUUGCAGGGAGGGUUACUACUCCACUGGCCUGCUCACCCGACACUGCACUGUGAACGGGACCUGGACCGGGAACAUGCCAGAGUGCUCGGUAAUCAACUGUGGCGACCCUGGAGUGCCAGCCAAUGGGGUGAGGUUAGGGAAUGAUCUCACCUACAACCACACAGUCACUUUCCAGUGUUCUCCUGGUUUCACCAUGGACGCUGACCGGGCCUCCACUCUCAUCUGCACCAAGGACCGCACCUGGAACGGCACUAAACCACUCUGUAAAGCGAUCGUAUGUGGCCCACCACCCACCAUCCCUAACGGUCAGGUCGUCGGUACAGACUUCACCUGGGGCUCCAGCAUCAGCUACUCCUGCAACCAAGGUUACCAGCUGUCCCUGCCCACUGUGUUAACAUGUCAGGGCAACGGUAACUGGAGUGGAGAAAAGCCGCAGUGCUUCCCUGUGUUCUGUGGAGACCCAGGAAUGCCAGCCCAGGGCAGGAGGGAGGACCGAGGAUUCACCUAUCUCUCCUCUGUCUCCUUCUCCUGCUACCCUCCUCUUGUCCUGGUGGGCUCUACCAGGAGAUAUUGCCAGUAUGAUGGCACUUGGAGUGGCACGCAGCCCUCUUGCAUAGAUCCCACUCACACUACCUGUGGAGACCCCGGGACUCCUCUAUUUGGAAAUCAGAACAACAGUCAAGGCUACCAGAUCAGCGGCACUGUGUUCUUCAGCUGUAGAAAGGGCUAUUUACUGCAGGGCUCCAUUUCUCGCACUUGUCUGCCCAACCUCACUUGGAGUGGUUUUCAACCUGAGUGCAUUGCCCACCACUGCAGCCAGCCAGAGCUGCCAGCCCAGUCCGAUGUGAGAGCCAUUGAACUGCCGUCCCUUGGCUACACGCUGAUCUAUACGUGUCAGCCUGGUUUCUACUUGGCCGGAGGAUCAGAGCACAGGACCUGCAGGUCCGAUGGGAGCUGGACAGGGAAACCACCUCUGUGUGCAGCUGAUAAUCGCCCAAGUGGUAAGAGCCCAGUGGGCACAGUGCAGGAGCCACCUUCCAAAUUACCAGUCCCUGCAGGUGUGUUUGCUAAGAACUCUCUGUGGAGGGGAUCCUACGAGUACCUGGGGAAGAAGCAGCCGGCCAUGCUCAGCAUCACUGCCUUUGAACCCUUUAGCAACCGGGUGAACGGGACACUCAUCGACCACAGCGGAGUGGAACUCAAACUGGCCGGUACAUAUAAGAGGGAGGAAGCUCAGCUGCUGCUGCAGGUCCACCAGAUCAGAGGCCCUGUGGAGAUCUUUGUCAACAAGUUCAAAAUAGACAACUGGGCCCUAGACGGACAUGUGUCCUACAUCUCCUCAUCCAACUCCUUUGUGUACCAGGGAUUUGUCAGAGGAAAAGGCUUUGGCCAAUUUGGUCUCCAGAGACUGGAGAGUUUAGAUCCCAGCAGAGAGAACGCAGGCUACAACUUUGCCUCCAACAGCAGUUCAGUGGCAGCAGCCAUCCUAGUGCCUUUUAUAGCCAUGAUCAUUGCAGGCUUCGCUCUGUACCUCUAUAAACACAGAAGAAGACCCAAAGUCCCCUUCAAUGGUUACGUGGGCCACGAGAACACUAAUGGACGAGCUACGUUCGAGAACCCUAUGUAUGACCGCAACAUCCAACCCACUGACAUCAUGGCCAGUGAGACAGAGUUCACAGUCAGCACAGUGUGCACAGCUGUAUAGCAACUGCUUCCUCCAGAGAUCUUUGCAUUCAUCGUUGAUUCAGUUAGGGGAGGAGAAGUGCACCACAUCUUCGCCUGCCUGCCAGCAGAGGACAUCCAUAGUUCCUUGAGCAGAGGGCAAGACAAAGAUUAUUUUAUUUGCUGAAAUAUAUUCAAGAAACAUCUCCAGUGAUGAAGGCUCUUACCCGCAGGAGACAAGAAAAAAAAUUAAAAAAAAGAAACCAUGUGAAGACAACAGCGACUAUAACAAAUGCCAAAAGCAGAAUGCUUUUUGUAACUUUACAUGGUUUCUUGAUCAUUUUCCAUAUUUUAAGGAAAAGCUUUCACCUGAAACUGCAGCUGGUAGGUGUACUGCUGGAAGCAAAGCUGUGAUGACUUUUCUCACCGCCCUCCGCCUAAACCCAAAGGGAAUUUAAUGGUCAACUUUAAGUCAAGAAAUUGACCUGUAGCUAACAGAGAUCUCUGUGCAAGUGAACUGUACGGCGGACAGCCCCUCGUUGGCCUGUGUGAGUCAGAGAGAGACAGUCUGGACUGUUUCGAUUCAUACUUCUCUCUGUUUUUCAUUUCCUUUUUUUUCUCUUUCUUUUUUAUAUGCUGCUUGCUUUCUGUGACAAGUAAUUGGGAACCCUGCUUUUCCCCAACUGUCUGCUCCUGAGGUUGUUGAAAGGUUUCAUCGAAGGCCCCCGGUUUCCGGCUGAGGAAUGAAUGAGUUUUGAAGGCCAUGUUGAAGACACACACUCUAUAUUUACUUGCUCUUUAUUUUUUUUUUUUAUUUUUUUGAAGCAGGGAUGAAAUUCUGCUUGCUGAGGCAGCUGUGUCCAGAGCAAGGGUUAAAAAGUAGCUAGGGCUGCUGAAAAAAGCACUUAGUGAGAAUUUGUAGAGAGAAUUUACGUGUAUACGUGAUUGAGAAUGAGUUUGUGCUUGUGUGUGUGUGUGUGUGUGUGUAUAUCUCUGCACACAUUUGUUGUGGUUAAAUCUGCAAUCUGUCCCAAAAUAGUCCUGUCUGUUUGGCCCCAAAGAUUCAACCCAACACGACAGAUAGUUUGCUAAAAAAAUCUUCUUCUUUUUUCUUUUUUUUUUUUUUCUUUCUUUUUUUUUUUUGUCAUUUAAGAAAGGAAAAGGAUUGGGUUCAGGGAGUAUCACUUUAUGUCUAUCUGGAUGCUCUGGACACCAAUAAAUCAAAUGUCUACCCAGAACAAGUGCUGAUGACAAUGUACAGAUCCUCCAAGGAAAGAAAACCUGAAGGCGAUGUCAGUCUCUAGUUCCAACGCUCAUCCUCUGACACUUGGUUUGUAGUGGGAGAGACAGAGAGAAAUCCACCUCUCAAACUGAUGGCCCUAAAUCCAAAUGUUAAUCGAGAGUAACACUGUCAGAUUUGCUUCACACGGGUACGGGUUACAACCAUCCAGUGUCGCUCUGAGGUACUCGAAGAGAAAAACACAUCAGCUGGUUCAGAGCAGGGAUGGCACCUGUUAUAAUUCCAUGGAUAUACAAACGCCUUGGGACCAUACCAUAUUUCAUUCUCUUUGGGUUUUUUUUUUUUUUUGGCUGGCACAUUGUCUUCGGAAAGACUGCAAGUCAUAUUCUCCUCUUUUCACCUUCUUUUUAAUCCUGGAUCCACCUUCACACGUUUCUGCGGCUUGAAGGUGGUACAUACUGUAUAUCUCUGAGAUCAUGAUGCAGUAUGAGCUCCCUAUACUUGGCCUUAGGAAAACAAAGAUCAAAGAGCGGUCAUGUUCUCACUCCCUCGAAAUGUUCAACUGAAGGCGUUUGAGUCUGAAGAAUGGAUGAGUCAGUGAUGUUUUCCCUCUGGAUUACAUUCAGGUCUUUUCCUCCAAGUUAACUUCUGACAGCUCCAUCCCUUUGAAAAACAGCAGUGUUGCUUUGUUUCGUCUUUGCUCAUCUUGAAAAUGGUGCAGAGGGCUUCCUCAGAGCUGUGACAGCAGGGGAGUCGCUGCCAUACUGAUUACUCCCAAGCAUUCCACUGGAAAUGAUAAACAUGAUAUGUGGAAAAAAAAAAAAAAAAAAGUUUAUGCUUCUAAUGCUAACACUCAAAUCUGUGGUAAAUUGGGAGUGAUAUACAGAAAAUAUUGUUUUGAAAGUGCAACACAGGAGGGAACUGUCAUCAGACUGACACUCGGAUACGACAGCAGGGCUGGCUGUUGAAUGACAUGCCCGAUGAGAAGAGCAGAUUCAAAGCAGUAAUGCUUUUGUGCCGCUUUUCACGUGUGUGUCUGUGUCUGUGAAAUGUGUAUUAUGAGAAGGAAGAAAACCCACUGGAUUUCAAACACCGUGCUCCCAGCUAUUUACCACUUACUAUCCCCAUUCCCAUCUAUCCUGUGGAUGCUGAGUGGGGUGAAUAGUGCUCAGAUUUCACUGCAUCAAAUUGAGACAUUACAUGCAAUUUGCUUUAAUUUAGCCUUGCUUCAUUGUCAAACCCAUUUUUCGAAUCCUGAAUUCAUCUUACCAUUAUCACUGAAAGGGCAGAUCCUCAAUUAUGUAAUGUCUGACUCCCAAAAAAAGCAGUCUAAAACAUCCACAGUGCUUUGAUUUACCACGUACUCUUUGGCAUCCUUCUUUUUAGUGUUAACAUUGGUGGGAAUUAGGAGGAAUAUUGGACUUGCAUGGAUUUGUUUUGGUACAUCAGCAUAUACAUUACAUAUCCAUAUAAAUGCAGAAAAAGUGGCUUUCACAGUCAAAAUCAGCCUCCAUACCAACAGGUUUUUAAUGAAGUCUUUACAAUCACCUGCAGUACAUAAUUUCCCUCAGAAAUUCAGGCCUUUGAAACCAAUCACUCUAUUGUUCCUUCAAUCAGUUUCGCUGUGGGUCGGUAAUUGCUUUUACAAUUUUAUUACUUUUAAAGCUCUCGCUUAUCUCGACAGUACAGAUAGAAUAUUGCCCCUUGCCUGCUCUGGUCGUGAAUUGAUGGAAAAGGAAACGAUUGAAUUACCCUGGAGAUUUCACGGGGAGAGGAGCAGUUGCACUCAUAUUAUCUUGAAGGCAUUGGUACUCAGUUCUCAUAGUUUUAUGCAACUGUUGCAUUGUGCAUUUCAUUUAUUUUUAUCCUGAAAUUGCUCCAAAUAUUUUAGCAGAGUGAAUAGCUUCAUUACAUUCCAGUUAGUUUCUGUUAAGGCCACUUUGAAGUGGUCUUUCCCCUCCAUUGAUUCCUCCCAUGGCAACGUUUAACACCCAUUAUGUAACACUUUAUUAAACUGCGUUGAGUAUUAAACAAACAAAUGUGAUUAGCCAGUGCAAUAGGACAUGAUUCCCCCACUCCCUUAAUGGAACUUAUUCUAUUUGACUAGAUUUAGACCGUGGAUUUGGACGAACAUAAUACAGAAGCAUAUGCUCACACAGCUAUGAUUGUUUUUACCAACAAGGGCUCAGUGUAAGCAAAUUCAGAAAUGGUUUAAAAGGGCCAGACUCAUACCCUUUUUUUUUCUCCGUGUUUUUGUACCUCCUCCAGUCUCCAAUAAGCACUUUACAUUCAUUAUAGUGCCUUGGUACAACCCCAUGAUAUGAUGAACCAGCUCGAGUGGCUCUUUUUUUUUUUUUUUUGUAUGUUCAAGAAUUCCAAACAUCGUCAUUUCAUAAUAAGGUUGGGGGGUUAUCAUAUUUUUAUGUCCGAUAUUUGAAAUGAGAGCUCUUUCUCUCUGGUUCUCAGACCAGUCAUUGUAAUCAUUUCUACAGACACACCUGCUGAAGAACCUGGGAGCUCUUUUCAUCUGUGUUUUUGAUCUUACAGGAAAAGGCUGAGCUUGUUAGGAUCAUGUUAGAGAAACCGUCCCCCUUUUUUUCUUUUCCUGAAUGAGCAAUGUGCUCAUUAGUACUGUAUUUUGGUGUGCAAGGAUUAAUGUCUUGGAUCUUAUGUGCUUGCCUACAUGUCUGGCUGUGUGUUUGUGUUGUGUGUGUUUUUUGGAGAAGUUAAAAAGUCGCUUUUUCAACCAAAGAAAAUUAUUUAAAUUCAACCAGAUUAGAAUAACAAAAUUAAUAUUAACUGCUUAAUCAGUUCUUAGUGUUGAUUUAGUUCCACUAAUAGGAAAAGUUUUUAAUAGGGAACAAGAUAUUUUCAAAAAUUCAUGCUGGUAAUUUUGCAGAAACGGGGGUUUUCACUUAAUGGGUGCUACAUCUAUCGAAAUAUUUCCCUUUUAACCCAUCUGGGUUAGUCCAAAAAGUUCUCAAAAGAAAGUGCAACACAGUUAUAUGAAAAUGAAGAUCAGUGAGUUCGGGACGGAGCCGUGCUAUAAGAGUUAGAAGACAGUCUGUCUUGAUAGCAGCCGGCUACUUCCUGGUUCUCUUUGCAUAUUUUAAGACAGAAACUGUUCAUCCUUGGUUCAUUUUCGUUAUCAGCCGGACACAGCUCGGAGUUCUCUCCUGCUCACCAUCUCUUCUAUAAUGAAACACACCACAGCUAUGGUCUUUGAGUUCCCAUCGAGUUCACAGAAUUUUCUCACAGUCAGGGAUGAGACCAAAAGCUUCCCGUUUCUCUCUGCAGCUAGAGCUCUCACUUUUCAGCAAAGGCCACACUGCAUAUGUAUUGAAAACCCAAGAAAUCCAUCAGUCAUGCUGUGUGACAUUCUGCAUCAACUAUUAUUUAUAAUCCCCCAUCUUUUAUUCUCACCGCAUAUUGACGGCUGCAACAAAGCCACACUUCUUGGUGUGUUUUUCAGGCCCAUUCCAUAAAAUUUGUCUUCACUAUUCAGCCCAUUUCAGCGUGUCUAGUGGACUUUAUCAUGGAGGGGGCGGGGUGGUGUAUUUGAAAAGCUUUGGAGCCAAGAUGAAUUUUAUUCUAUAAAUGGAGAUAAGAGUGGACUGGUAUGAUUUGUGAUCAGAUCGCUGCAAUUGUUGCUGACAAACUAGUGAAUGUAUUUCAUUUCACUGAGUGCAUCAGAAUUUAUCUAUCUAUACUGUGUUCAAUAUCUGUAAUCCAACAACUGCUCCUCUGUUUGUGCGCAGUAAUGGAAAAAAAAACCUGUUGCCAAUAUGUGUCAUCCUUGGAAUAAAAACAAAAUGUCCAAUUUAUCUAGAGUAUAAUAUAGCAAAAUAUUUACAGAGAGCUGCUUUUUAUUACCAGAGACUUUACAUUCCUGUAUGUUUGUCAUGGCAACAAAGUUAUUACAAGGUCCCAAGUUUUCCUUUUCUAUUUCAUGAUAUUGUUUCAUGCCAGUCCAGUAGAUCUCUCCACUAGCCUCUUUAUGAGACUCAAACGCAUGACAACACAUGGCGUCUAAGCGAGAUCAACAUGGCCCUUAAACGCCUCAAUAAACCAACAAAACAGUGAAAGGCAAAGAUUGAGUGUCAUUGUCUUGCUGUACACCAAAAGGGAUACCUGUAAAGAAAUGGACAAAUGUGGACUUGAGCAGACUGUGUGUAACUACAGAGAGCAACUACAGAGGGAAAGUGUCUCUAAGAAAAGAGAAUAUGUUAACGAAUAAAAAACUUUUUUUUGUACAGAGAUAUAUUUUUAUGAAAAUACAUUUGUAAUAUAAAAAGAAAAAGUGGAUUGACAUAUAUGUAAAUGUUUUUCUUUUUCAUUAUUGUAGUACAAAUGCUAGUGGGGAGUAUAUGAAAAAUCUAUAUAUAUAAAUAUAUAUAUAUAAAUAUAUACAAAGAAAAAUAGAAACAAGGCUUUUUGUAUAUGUAAAAAAGAUUGUAAAUAAAAGUUUACAUACAUACUGUACAUAUGUAAGACCCACCAUGGCUUGUCUGCAAUAUAUAAAAUGUAUUUUAUCCGUCUGUAUAUGAUGCUUUGCAUUGUGUCUAAGCUUAUUCUACUUUCUUGAACUUGAAACUUAUUUUGAAGGUUUUGGAAUAAAAUAUAAAACCUA